AUGUCACAGCGCUGCAGACCACUGCGAUUAGCCGUGUCAACAUCGCGCUCGGCCAUCCGUUCAUACGCAUCCCAGACAACCUCGGCGAACCGCAAGUUGAAUGUGCCCAUUGAUUUCGGCAAGACUCCCCUUCUGCAUCACUCCGCAACGACCUUUCCACACACGCCUGGUCUACCACAGGGCGGCUCUUCGACGCGGUUGAACCUCUGUCAAGCAGUCAACGAGGGGCUGAGAAGUGCGUUGAGAGAAGACCACAAAGUUCUCUGCUUUGGCGAGGAUGUCGCAUUCGGCGGUGUCUUUCGCUGUACGGUGAACCUGCAGUCGGAGUUUGGGCCGGACAGAGUCUUCAACACCCCCAUAACGGAGCAGGGCAUUGUGGGCGCUGCGGUCGGCAUGGCCGCCGAGGGUGCAAAGCCGGUGGUCGAGAUCCAGUUUGCCGACUAUGUUUUUCCAGCCUUUGACCAGAUCGUGAAUGAAGCUUCAAAGUUUCGGUAUCGGGAGGGUUCGACGGGUGCCAACCUGGCUGGGAUGGUGAUCAGGAUGCCCUGUGGUGGAGUGGGACAUGGUGCCUUAUAUCAUACUCAAUCUCCCGAGUCACUUUUUUGCCAUGUGCCAGGCUUCAAAGUCGUCGUCCCGCGGUCACCUUCACAGGCGAAAGGGCUUCUCCUCUCUGCCAUCUUCGAGUCCAAAGAUCCUGUGAUUUUCAUGGAACCAAAGAUCCUCUACCGUGCCGCUGUCGAGGAAGUGCCCAACGGAUUCUACACCCUUCCGCUAUGUCAAGCCGAAGUCGUCAAACCCGGCGCCGACCUGACCAUCAUCUCGUACGGUCGACCUCUGUACAAUUGUGUAGCGGCCAUCGAGGCAGCCGAGAAAGCCUCCCCGGGUAUCAGUGUUGAGCUGAUCGAUCUACGGACGGUGUACCCUUGGGACAGGAAGACCAUUCUAGACAGUGUGGCGAAGACGGGACGCGCCAUUGUCGUACACGAGAGUAUGGUGAACUACGGCGUCGGGUCGGAAAUUGCCGCGACCAUUCAAGAGCAGGCGCUCUUGUCUCUCCAGGCGCCGGUGAAGCGACUUGGUGGUUGGACUACGCAUACAGGGUUGGCGUGGGAGAAGUUCAUCUUCCCUGAUGUCACGAGGAUAUACGAUGCUAUUCUGGAAACUUUAGAGUACUGA